AUGGAAAGAAGUAUUGAGAAAAUCAGAAACAUAAUUGCGAUUCUUACAAAAAUUAAAAAUGAUAAUAAGACAUUAUAUCAUAAUCUUGACUCAAAAGGUAAAAUUUUAAUUUAUAUUCCAAUAAUUCUUGUUAUAGGAAUGAUUGUAUUCAGUCCUAUGAUUAAUAGAAUCGACAAAAGUAUUAUUAAUCAACAAGAAAAUUCAACACUUAAACCAUAUUUAAUUGAACGUGAUAAAACAAUAGUAUUUAAUCUUAUUCUUCUCAGUAUUUGUUUUGUUAUUAUUAAUUAUUAUUCUAUUCUUCACCAAAUAAGUAUUGGGUUUAUGUUAAAUUGGCAAAUUAUUGGAGUGGAAUUAGUGUUAAUGUCUUUAAAAAUGAAAAGAUUAACAUUAAAUAUUGAUAUAUUUAUUAUUACCUUUAUUGCCACUUUAUUUGUUGUAAAUAUUGCUCUUAGAAAAUAUUUUAUAGAACAGUCAAUUAUUAUUUAUUCUCCAUUUCAGAUAACCAAAUUUAAUAAACAUUCAUUAUAUCUGAUUAGUUUCAGUGUUUUGACCAUUAUUGGAAUCUCAUAUCUCACAAAUCCAUGGAUUGUCACAUUGCCUUCUUUCAUGGUUAUUUGUUUUUAUGUUUGCCUUUCAUUUAUUAUUGACAGACAUAUUGUCAUUGUGAUGAAUAAUAUCCAAACAUUAUCUGUUCAAGCAUUCCAUAAAUCUACAUUAACUCCAUUCUGUGAUGAUGAAAAUGAAAUCUUUGUUCAAAUCAAAACAGACCCAUAA